AUUUUCUUCGUUAUAACGUUUUCAUUAUGUAUUUGAGUGUAAGUUCUAGCUAGCUAGUUAACAUUAAAUUAACGACGUAGCUGGACAAUUCCAUGGUAACGUUAACGGACUCAGAUUUUUCACUUAAAAAAUUACAAACAAAAACCAUUGAUUUCAAAGUUUAACAAACCAUACAACUCUAUGCACAAAGACUACUUUUAACAAUUUCCUCCGAACAUUUUACAAAAACACAUUUACAGGAAUAACUGUACAGAUACAAAGUUUGUUUACAUAAUUAAACUGACGGGGAUUGGCAACAUAAUUACGGUAAAUUUAGCAUCUGCACAGUUUUUUUCCUGUAAAUGUUUUUAUUAUUAUUUAUUCGGGGCUGCUAACUUUUGAAGAAAGCUUGUGUUGAGAUUUGCUAUAUGAAUUUAAUUCCCCAUGGCACAACCCCUAGAUGGGGAGAAUGGGGGUUCUCCCCCAGGAAAAUUAUAUUGUUUUAAAGCUAAUUUCGUGCAAUUAUAUUUAUUUUGACAUGAUUUAGGCCUAUGACCAGGAUGGCUAAUAAAAACCACAGGUCAGGUGUAUUCAGGAUGCUUUGAACAUUUGACAACUUUGUUACUUUGAGAUUUUUGGGGGAUGAAAUUGAAAGUAUAAUUUAAUUUUAAAAAAUUGAAGUGGUUUGACACUAUUCAGACAGUAAUAACAUUUGAUGGAGAGACUGGCAAAUGGGAGAAACAGUGGGAAGCUUGGAAGCAGGGAUUGAUUCCUGUUGUGGAAAGUUGUAUGGGGCACAUGCUGGGGGAGUGUUACCACUACCCAAAGGCUCUGCUCAGGAAAUACUCAUGUUAAUACUUGAUUGCAGUGGGUAACCAAAUCAUAUAUUGCAGUUUCCUUCUCCAUAUAUUGUUUUCAAGGUAAGGACACAAACAUUUUGUAAUUUGGGUAAACCCUGCAUGCACUUCAGGAGGGUUGGCUACUCUUGAUCUAUGUUUCCCAAGUGCUGAGUGUUUGAAAAUGUUCUUGUGCUAACAAUUAAUUUCUCAAUCACCCAACCUUCAAGCAUAAUCUAAUGAAUAUUCAGGUAGUUUAUGCAAACUAGUUGAAGAUCCUUGCCAUCAUCUUACUCUACAUAGACAAAAUAUGAUGUGUUUAUGAGUUGUGAAUCCCCCUACCAUCUCUGCCUAGCACGUGCACAAAUACUAAAAUGUCCCAAAAUCAUAUUUUAGGCCUGGAGCAUUCAGUAUUUGUAUGACUUAUUAAAAAUGUCCAUGAAGGGCUGCACAAAUACAUAGCCUGAUAUAAUUAAUUUUUAAAGACAAGUAGGCAUAUCAGAUUUCAAAUAUGUGAUUACACUGGAAAAAUAAUGAAGAAGUGGAAUAAUAAAACAAGUGUGGGGAAUAACAGUAGUGUUUUGCUGACCCUAUAUUUUAGCCCAUUGUUAAGCAGGAUAAUUGUUCCACUGAUCAGACUAAAUAAAGUAAAUAGAUAUUAAAAACUCAUGAAAACAAGAUUACAUAAAUCUGCCCUGAACACCUAAUCAAAUUAUUUUUCUAUUUAUUUUUUCCCCUCUAGAAUCAAAUUUACACUUUUGGGUUCACAAUCUGUUUGACUAAAUUAUUUUCAUAGUUCAGGUCACCCUACCAAACUUCCCUGCUAAAACAUACUGUAGGUCUGUCUGCUGCCUUUUUGUUGUCACAGCCCGGAUUAAUGCAUGUGUGGAUUAAAUCGAUUUUUAGUACAUGCUGUCAAAAGGCUGCAUUCUGCAAUAUGGACGGGAGUAACAGCAACCUAAUUGUGUUGUCAACAUAAAAUAGCGCUACUGUGCUGCUCUAUUUACAGUUUUAUAAAGUCACCCGAUACCGUUCUCUCUCUCUCCAUUCAGCGCCACUCUACUAAUGUUGAGGGACGUUUCUUUAAAACGCGCACCCAAUCCCCUUGAUCCCUUACAUAACUAGACCAAUCAUAUGCUUCAUUGUGCAACGGUUAACAGUGCUGUGGUAAAACAGGACAAUGAUAGAGGUUCCGCUCACGAUGUUAAAUUGCAGGCGCAGAUGCUAAGAUUUCAAAACGAUUUGGAGCACAGUUGAAACGUAUUCAAUGGACUAAUUAAGAAAAUAAAUGCAGUACUUUUCAAUGCGUUUGAUAUGAGAUCUGUCAAGAUCUCAAUAUGAAUAUAUUUGACCACAGCAUAAAAUUUCAUGCUCUCUUCAAGUUCUCCCAAAUUUCCCACUCUACCCAGUUACACCUGAAGAAUGUCUACUCCAGCUUGGCAGUGUGCAUGUUCGUGGCUGCAGCAGGCUCCUAUGUCCAUGUUGUCACACGGCUCUUUCAGGGUGGUUUGCUGUCACUUCUGUGUUCCCUGGGCAUGAUGGUUUGGUUGUCCAUGAUGCCACACAACUCAGAGACAGAGAAUAAUAGACUGGCUAUCCUUGCAGGGUUUGCUUUCUUCACAGGUGUUGGUCUUGGACCGGCAAUGGACUUUGUCAUUACCAUUAACCCAAGCGUCAUUGUGACAGCCUUCCUAGGAACCUCCAUCAUCUUCAUUUGCUUCACUCUCAGUGCUCUGUACGCCAAGCGUAGGAGCUACCUCUACAUGGGAGGGACUCUGAUGUCUGGAUUGUCCAUCUUGUUCCUUGUGUCUGUGUUGAACAUGUUCUUUGGAACAGCAAUACUCUUCAAGGCUCACAUGUACAUGGGGCUGGUCAUUAUGUGUGGCUUUGUUCUGUUCGACACUCAGCUCAUCAUUGAGAAAGCCGAGAACGGAGACAAGGACUACGUCUGGCAUUGCGUGGACCUGUUCCUCGACUUUGUGACCAUUUUCAGAAAACUCAUGAUUCUUCUUGCCAUGAAUGAGAAGGACAAGAAGAAAGAAAAGAAGUAAAUGGAAGAAAUCCAAUUGAAGUUUCAAAUAAAAAAUGAUCUGUGACAAGGAACAGAACCAGCAACAAAGCCUCUGUCUGCAAUGCUGUUGGUCCUUUUACUAUUUGUCGUUCUUUGUUAACUAAUGGUAUAUUGUUUUUUUUUUGUGCUUUGUUUUGAGCUUGCAAAAGGAGGUUAAAGGCUGUAUUUUAAGCUACUGCUGCAGUGAUGAUGCUUGUCCUGUAGACGGAGUAGUUGUUCUAUGAAGGCCUACAUUCGCAGAGCUGUCUGAACAGUAGGUUUUUUUGCCAUUAAAAAAACAAAUACAAGCUUUUUCAGCAGGCUGUUAUGAGCUUUUGGAGAUUAAUCAUUGUUUUAUUUAAGUCGUAAUAUUUUGGUUCGUUGUCAGUGCUAUUCCCACAAUCUUUUUUGUUUUGUUUAGUUUCUAGAAAGUAUGUGACUGACAUCAUGACCUGUGAUAGUCUUGAGCACCACUCUCCUUGCGCUUUUUCUAUUAUUGUCUACUGCUCCACUUAUGUAUGUUACCUUGAAGAGUAACCUUAUAAACAAUCUCUUGGUACCGUUUUGGUAAUUCAGAUGACCUUU